AUGGUGCAGACACUUGCAGCGGCAUUUCUAAUUCACGGAACGAGUCAGUGCAACCCGUCUUUAAGGAGGUCAGGUCAUUUCGGAGCCCCCAGAAGUACGGCUAGGACACUGUACAUGGCGCCGAUUGGGAUACCCAAGGUAGAGUACAGAGCGCCCGGAUCUCAGCGUUCCGAUUGGGAGGACAUACAUACGCGGUUGUACAGGGAACGCAUACUUUUCGUCAGCCAAAAACUUGAUGACGAAUACGUGAACAUCCUGAUCAGUGCGUUGCUGUGCCUCGAUAACGAAACGCACGAAAAGCCCAUCACGCUCUAUAUUAACAGCCAAGGUGGGCCAAUCACCGCGGGCAUCGCAUUAUUCGACACGGUGAAACACAUCAAAUCAAAAGUGGCGACCAUCAACGUGGGAUUCUGUGGCGCCACUGCAUCCUUGCUGUUGGGAUCGGGGACACCGGGGAUGCGCGCAGCGUUGCCACAUUCCAGAGUUCUUAUGCACCAGCCAUCAGGCGCAUUGCAAGGAUCGGCCGAGCAGUUGAAAAACGACGCAAAGCACCUCCUGGACGUCAAAAAGUUACUCCACAGCCUGUACAGCCGUGUAACCAAACAACCUGUAGACAAAGUAACGGCAGACCUCGAAAGGGACAAUUUUAUGUCUGCUGAAGAAAGCCAGCAAUACGGACUCAUCGAUCGCAUUAUACAACCAAGUGAGAAAGCGGGUGAAGAGAAUUUGUAA